AUGGAUACCCCGAGGCAAGUGGUCAAUUUUGGGCUGGGGCCCGCCAAGCUGCCGCGCUCGGUAUUGUUAGAGAUACCAAAAGAAUUAUUAGACUACAAAGGCAUUGCGAUUAGUGUUCUUGAAAUGAGCCACAGGUAGUCAGAUUUUGCUGAGAUUCUUAACAACACAGAGAAUCUUGUACGGGAAUUGCUAGCUGUUCCAGAAAACUACAAGGUGAUAUUUAUGCAAGGAGGUGGGUGUGCCCAGCUCAGUGCUGUCCCCUUAAACCUGAUUGGACUGAAAGCAGGAAGGUGUGCCGACUCUGUGAUGACAGAAACUUGGUCAGCUAAAGCCACACAAGAAGCCAAGAAGUUUGGGACUGUGAACAUUGUCCACCCUAAACUUGGGAGUUAUACAAAAAUUGUAGAGCCAAGCAUGUGGCCCCUCAGCCCGGAGUCCUCCUAUGUGUAUUACUGCGCCAACGAGACUGUGCACGGCGUGGAGUUGGACUAUAUCCCUGACGUCAAGGGAGCAGUGCUUAUUUGCGACAUGUCCUCAAACUUCCUAUCCAAGCCAGUGGAUGUUCCCAAGUUUGGUGAUUUUGCUGGUGCGCAGAAGAAUGUUGGCUCUGCAGGGGUCACAGUGGUGAUCGACCGAGAUGACCUGCUGGGGUUCGCCCUCAGAGAGUGUCCCUCGGUCCUGGAGUACAAAGUGCAGGCUGGAAACAACGCCUUGUGCAACACACCUCCCUGCUUCAGCAUUUACGUCAUGGGCUUGGUCCUAGAGUGGAUUAAGAACAACGGCAGCGCGGCAGCCAUGGCGAAGCUCAGCUCCAUCAAAUCUCAGAUGAUUUAUGAUAUCAUCGAUAAUUCUCAAGGGUUCUACGUACGCCCAGUGGAGCCCCAGAGUAGAAGUAAGAUGACUAUUCCAUUCUGCAUUGUCAGCGCCAAAGGAGACAAUGCUUUAGAGAAAAGAUUUCUCGAUAAAGCCCUUGAGCUCAAUACGAUCUCCUUGAAAGGGCAUAGGUCUGUGGGAGGCAUCCGGGCCUCUCUGUGUAAUGCUGUCACGAUCGAGGAUGUUCAGGAGCUGGCAGCCUUAGUGAAGAAAUUUUUGGAGAUGCAUCAGCUGUGAACACAUCCUAACCAACAUACACAUAUAUACUGUACCCUUGGACAAUGUCCAAAAUU